GUACGACUUUUGUUCUUUGUUUUUUUUUUAUGUAAACAAAUAUGGGUAUCGGAGAGUCAUAUCCCGGUUUAACAGAAGAUGUCUUAGAAGAUUAUACGACUUUAACGUAUUUAAAUAAGGGAGAAAUUCUAUAUUUAAUGAAAAAGUUUUAUUCUAUAGAUCCAAAUAAAAUUCAGAACAAUUAUCAUCACAGAUUCGAAAAGGACCUUAUUAUCAAGAAGUUUGAUGUUUUACAGAAUAACCCGUUCCAGGACCGCAUAUUUCACGUAUUCUCCUCCAAAAAUGAUGAUUGUUUCUCGUUUGAAGAUUUGUUAGAUCUGUGCUCGGCGAUGAGUGCCGAUUGCCCUACAGAGGUGAAGGCGGCUUGGGCGUUUAGAAUAUUUGAUCUAGAUGGAGAUGGUCAAAUAUCAUCAGGUGAUAUAAGUGAAAUUCUCGAUCGUUUGACGGGGUGCUCGAAGGACCGUUUUUAUCGUCUCGACGCUGAAUCAAAAACGAAGAUUGCUAACGUUAUACUUGACGAAAUUAAGCUGGACAACACAGGCGGUAUAGGUUUAAAUGAGUUCAAAAUCAUCAUGUCUCGAAUCCCUGAAUUCCACUCUUCCUUUUACUUCAGAGUAUAAGCGU